UUUUUACUACAAUGAGGAAGUCUUUGUGUCUGUUUGUACCAAACAGCAGACCAACAGUCAUAAAACUUCACAAAGAUCAUAAAUGACAGUCAUGUGACUUCCAGUAAAGAAGAAGGAGGGAGGAGCAGACAGGUAGGGAGUAAAGGUGAACGUCUGUACAGACUUCAUUUCACAGUCAUCAGAGCAGAAGGAGGAAAACAGUCUGAGGCAGACUCCAGAAGAUGAGGAUGGAGCAGAGUCUCUAACAUCCAGCUGUGUUGAUGAAGAGUGAGCAGUCUGAUGAUGAUCCUCUAAACUUCAGUAAUGAACCUGGACCUUCAGACACAAACUUUAGAUACCAGAAGAACGUUAUCGGCUGCUACAGUUCACUGUGAGACUAGACCCUCAUCUUCAGGAGCUCUCUGUUGACAGUUUUCACACCAGCGUUAACGAACCAAUCAGAACAUGUGAAGACACCAGAGUUCACUGAACCACAACAAACAGAGAGCCAAGAUGAGGAAGAGGGACCUGCUCAAUAUCCUGGACGAUUUAAAAGACGAUGAAUUUAAGAACUUCAAAUGGUCCCUCGAGGAUGAAGAGGUGGGCGACAUCGAACCCAUCAGAAAGAGCCAGCUGGAGAAGGCAGAGGAGAGGUGGGACGUGGUGGAUCUGAUGGUGCAGAAAUAUGAACUAGCUGGAGCUGUGGAGGUGAUGAAGAGCGUUUUAAAGAAGAUCAGCAGGAAUGAUCUGGUGACGGAUUUGUCGAACAUCAGCUCAGGAUCAGAAGGAGCAGUGGGCAGUGGCACUGACAGGAGUAUCAAUCCUAACACAGAUGUUUCUGAUGGUGGGAGUAAACCAGAGCAACCAGCAGAAACCCACGCUGACACUGGGGAAACAUCUAAACUCAUCACAGAGACGACCGGGGACAACAAGGGUUCAAACCCAGGAGCUUCUAGCUGUGAGGCAACAAUGCCAAACACUGAGACACCUCACUGCUCACACACAGAAAGUGGAAAGCAGGAGGGUUUAGAUGAACAUCACAUCAUUCUGAUAACGAGAUGUCAACAUCUGACUGAAGAAACUGAUGAAGCAGGAAGGAAAAUCCUCUUCAACAGCUCCUUCACUGAGGUCUACAUCACAGAGGGAAAGAGUAAAGAGGUUAAUACCCAACAUGAGGUGAUGCAGCUUGAAACAGCUUCCAAGAAGAAGACCCUCCAUGACGCUCCAAUCAAGUGUCAGGACAUCUUUAAAGUCUUACCUGACCAACAGGAAUACAUCAUCAGAGUGGUUCUGAUGAACGGCGUCGCUGGCGUUGGAAAAACCUUCACAGUGCAGAAGUUCACUCUGGACUGGGCACAGCGCUCCAAAAACCAAGAUAUCAGUCUGCUGAUUCCACUUCCGUUCAGGGAGCUGAACUUGAUCAAAGAUGAGCAGCACAGUCUGCUCACACUGAUCUGUCAUUUCUAUCCAACAUUACAGAAGCUCACAGCAGAGAAGCUCGCUGUCUGUAAAGUUCUGUUCAUCUUUGACGGCCUGGAUGAAAGCAGACUUUCACUGGAUUUCAACAACAGUGAGGUCGUGUCUGAUGUCACACAGAAGUCAUCAGUCAGCGUGCUGUUGACAAACCUCAUCGAUGGGAAGCUGCUUCCCUCGGCUCUCAUCUGGAUAACUACCCGACCUGCAGCAGCCAAUCAGAUCCCUCUGACAUUUGUUAGCAGGAUAACAGAAGUACGAGGCUUCACUGAUGACCAGAAGGAGGAGUACUUCAGGAGGAGAUUCAGUGAUGAAGAGCAGUCCAGCACAAUCAUCUCACACAUCAAGACAUCCAGGAGCCUCCACAUCAUGUGUCACAUCCCAGUCUUCUGCUGGAUCACUGCUACAGUUCUGGACCAAAUGUUGACUCCAGACCAGAGAGAAGAGCUGCCCAAGACCCUGACUAACAUGUACUCACACUUCCUGCUGGUUCAGACAAAGAGGAAGAAGAACAAGUAUGAAGCACACAAGACAAAGACUAAGAAAUGUGAAGAGGAGCUGACGGAGGCUGACCGGAACCUUCUUCUGAAGCUGGGGAAGCUGGCAUUUGAACAACUGGAGAAAGGAAACAUCAUGUUCUACCAAGAAGACCUGGAGCAGUGUGGCCUUGAAGUCACAGAGGCCUCGGUGUUAUCAGGAGUUUGUACAGAGAUCUUCAAAAGAGAGAAUCACCAGAAGACAACAGUCUACAGCUUUGUUCAUCUGAGCGUUCAGGAGUUUCUGGCUGCAGGCUACAUGUACCAUUGUUACACCAGCAGGAAGACAAAGGUACUGGAGGACUUCCUGGGAGAAGACUACAAACACAAGGACAACAAACACAAGGAGUCAAAACCAAAAUCUGUCUUUGGGAAAAUUUCUGCUUUUUUCAAAGGCAAAAACAUCCCACCUGAAAGAAAUUAUGAUCUCCUAUCUCUGGAUAACUUCCUGAAGAGAGCCAUUGAGAAAUCUCUCAGAAGUGAAAAUGGGCACCUGGACCUGUUUGUCCGCUUCCUUCAUGGCCUCUCUCUGGAGUCCAACCAGAGUGUCUUAGAAGGCCUGCUGGGUCAGACAGACAACAGUCCAGAAACCAUCCAGAGAGUCAUCAACAACCUGAAGAAGAUGAAUAGUGAUGAUAUCUCUCCUGACAGAAGCAUCAACAUCUUCCACUGUCUGAUGGAGAUGAACGACCGCUCAGUACAUCAGGAGAUCCAAGAGUUCCUGAAGUCAGAGAACAGAUCAGAGAAGAAACUCUCUGAGAUCCACUGCUCAGCUCUGGCCUACAUGCUGCAGAUGUCAGAGGAGGUUCUGGAUGAGUUGGACCUGAAGAAGUACAACACAUCAGAGGAGGGACGACGGAGACUGAUCCCAGCUGUGAGGAACUGCAGAAAGGCUCUACUUUCUAGCUGUAGACUCUCAGAGACUCACUGUGAAGUUUUGGCCUCAGCUCUGAAGUCCAACCCUCAUCUGACACAUCUGGACCUGAGCUACAACAACCUGUCUGAUUCAUCAGUGAAGCUUCUGUCUGCUGGACUGGAGAGUCCAAACUGUGGACUGAAGACUCUGAAACUUUGGGACUGUGGACUCUCAGAGACUCACUGUGAAGUUUUGGCCUCAGUUCUGAAGUCCAACCCUCAUCUGACACAUCUGGACCUGAGUCUCAACAAACUGUCUGAUUCAUCAGUGAAGCUUCUGUCUGCUGGACUGGAGAGUCCAAACUGUAGAGUGGAGACUCUGAUAUUGAUUCUCUGCAGUUUGACAAAGAUCAGCUGUUAUUAUCUGGCCUCAGCUCUGAAGUCCAACUCCUCCCAUCUGAGAGAGCUGAAUCUGUGGGGAAACUACCUGAAGGAUUCAGACGUGAGGCAGCUGAUUGAUCUUCAGCAGAGUCCAGACUGCAGACUGGAGACUCUGAGAUGGAAGGAUUGAUCUCUGUCAGAGUGAGAGUGAACAUCCAGGAGUGUUGAGAGAGGAUCAGCUGGAUCCUGAUGAUCCAUCUGGAGUCUGGAUCUGGAUUUUGUCGUCUUCACUUAAAUCUCUUAACUGACUACAAACUGAACAGUUAUCUCUGGAUUUAGCUGAAGUCAGCACUUUACUGAUUUGUUCUACAUGAGCUGUUUGAUGUAAAUAAAGAUAAAAACAGGUGUUAUAAGUCAGACUGUGAGCCUGGGCUCAUAUUUAUCAAGCGUCUCAGAAUCACACUGAGAGUUAACGAGGACUAAAACUAAUGAAUGAAGCAGAAGAGAAUUGACUGUGACUUUCAGCAGGAGAAGGAUUACUGCUGGGAGAGAGUGAGACGUGGCUGUUUUACCACAGUCAGAGCAGCAGAGUAGAGGGUCAGGACAUUUCUGAGCUGGUUUUAUGUUUAGAUCCAAAGCUGAAAACAUGCUGAACAAUGUGUUAGAAUGAUGGAAGCUGCAGUUCAGUCUGCGUCCACACGGAGGAGCCAGAGAUCUGCACACUUCAUCAUUAUGACUGGAAAACACUCUGAGCUCAUUUCAUUAUGGAUUUAUAUAAUGACAAUAAAAAAUCAUUCAUUCUUGACUCAGACCUCAAAUCCACUAAAACUUAUCAACUUUAAUCCUGUUUUUUAAUUCUGGUUGAGUUCAUGAAAAAGCUUUAAUCUCCCUGCUUAUUAUUAUAUUAUUAUCAUUACUAUUAUUACUGUUAUCAUUACUAUUAUUAUUAUCAUUACUAUUAUUACUGUUAUCAUUAUUAUAUUAUCAUUACUAUUAUUAGUUAUCAUUAUAUUUUUAUCCCACUGUCUUUA